GCAUCGUCUGGCGGGUAGAGGAUCUUCGUCUUCCCGUUAUGAAAGCGGCCGGACGUCUGACAGCCUCUCCCUCCAUCCUCAGCUGAUGAGGCCGCCGCCGGUGGGCAGGGGCCGGGACGGGGACGCGGACAGACUCCGGUGAAUCUGCGAACAUCCAAAACCGUGGACGAGGAGAGAUCAGCUGUUGUUGGCGUUUUUUUUUUCCGUGUUCGUGUCGGAUUAUAACGCGGGCGGCUGCCGCCGGAGGGGAGGGGGGGGCGGGUGCUGUCAUGUAAAUAGCGGUCAUUGAUUUAAAAGGCAGGAAAUGAAGCGGUGACAUCGGCGUCAGAUCGUUUCUGCGGCGGGAUCGAUCAGGACAUAACGACGGCGAAUAAAAACCCGGGUCGAUCUGACAACACGCGAGCUCGGCUCGACCACCGAGGAAGUGAAACCGUGACGCGCGACACAGAGAUUCACUCACAUCCGCCCUCCGUCACCGUGUCGUCAGGUCAUCCGGUGCCUCCGGAUCCGAAGGCCCAGGACGGAUGCUGGCGCGGCGUCCCGGUCUGACCCGCACCGUCGAGUGACCCCCCCGUUGGAUUCCCGCCGGUCAGAGGAAGAAAGUCUGGACGGGCCACACGAGCGAUCUCUGCAGCCAGGCGCGUCUGGUUCCGUUUAAUCGCCGCUCGGAGCACGCGAAUCGGACACGUGUACCUUCAUCAAGUCCCUAACAUCCACUCCUGUUCUUUCAGCAGUCAACUUUCCGUUAAAGGCAAAAACAUUGAACUCCAGAUUGAAUCAUAAAAAUUCAGUCGCACCCCGAGGUCCAUUCGGUGGCUGCUCUGGAGCGUCCUUCCUCAGCAAGUGGCCUUUGUCCAGUUUAAAAAGUAAACUCCAGAAACUUGAACUGCAGAUGACAGCGGCUCAGGACCCAGCGCCGGAACACGAAGGACGGAAGCUGACGGAUGGCGAGAGCAUCGCCGUGCAGGACUCGUCAGGAAACUGAACUCCUUUCCUCUAGAAAACCUCCGAGUGUGUUGGUUUGGAUGAAUGAGCCACAACGGCUGCACCAAACCCCAGGCAGAAAGUCAGCGAUUUAAGGUUACUCUGAACCUCCGCCCUGAAGAAACUCUCACAUCACAGCCGCUGACUUUCAAGCCGCUCCUGUGCUUUCGACCGUUGGCACACUGUCCGUGGUGAUGCUGGACGUGGUGAGGAUGAAGGAGGCGUGCAGGAUCUGCGCCCGCGAGCUCUGCGGCAACCAGCGCCGAUGGAUCUUCCACCCGGCGGCCAAGCUCAACCUGCAGGUGCUGCUCUCCCACGCUCUGGGCCGCGAGCUGACCCGGGACGGCCGCGGGGAGUUCGCCUGCUCCAAGUGCGCCUUCAUGCUGGACCGCAUGUACCGCUUCGACACGGUGAUCGCCCGGGUGGAGGCCCUGUCUCUGGAGCGCCUCCACAAGCUGCUGCUGGAGAGAGAUCGGCUGAGGCAGUGUAUCGGAGGGCUGUACCGGAGGAACAAUGCGGAGGAUGGGAACGCGGCUCCGGCCGGGCAGGGUGUGGGGGUUGUCGGGACUGAGGGGGGGUCUGAAGACGCCCCAGUGGUGGAUCUGUCCGCCCUGCAGGAUGUGAGAUACUCUGAUAUGAUUCAGCAUGAUCUGGCGUACUCUGUGUAUGAGUCAUGGGCUGAUAAGGAAGACCCCACCCUGGACCACCACCACCACUGCCCAGGAGGAGACUCCCUUUCCGGCCAGAAGCCGCGGAGGUGCAGGGGUUGCGCGGCCCUGCGCGUAGCCGAUUCUGACUACGAGGCGGUGUGCAAGGUGCCUCGCAGGGUUGGGCGAAGGAGCACAUCCUGCGGGCCGUCCACCCGCUACUCGGCCGGCGCUCAGGGGGCGGAGGACUCCACCGGAGCCUCUGGAGGAUCUGAAGCUACGACCAUUGCCUUCGAGUCCCCUCCUGCUGGGUUGGACGCCGAUAAGACCGCGCGCGACCAGACGAGUCCCAGCCCAGCGUCUUCUGUAGAAUCUCUCAACACUGCCGUGGACGUGAGUUGCCCGCCUGCCAGUCACAAAGAGAGGGAAGAAACUGAACCGGAGAAAGAUUCCGAGGAUGCUCCAGCAAAACGGGACACUCGAUGGGACAAACCCCCCAGUGAGACCUCCCUCUCUGGGCUUGAGAUGACGCUGAGCCUCCUGCGGGGCUGGGAGUACCGGCCAGUGAAGCCUCGAAGGGGCAGCAAGCUCCCAGUUCUGGUCAAAGCCAAACUGGAACAAGGCCUUUCGCUGCCUCCGUCCGUCCCGCUGAGGUCACCCUGUGGAGGGGCAGCAGACAGUGAACUGUGCCCCCACAAGUCUGUACCGGAGGUUGUGAGCCCGUGUCCACAGCAGGACCUGCAGGUGGAUCUGGCAGAGAUGGAGGAGCAGUGGCUGGAUGACUAUGUUCGGUGCGGGCCGUUCCGCUUUCAGCAGCGGCUGAUUGACGAGCAGCAGGGUCAGCUGAGUCAGUACGAGAGUGCUGCAGGUCAGUGUGUCGGGGAGCUGCAGAAGGCCCAGGACCAGGUCCGCUCACUGCAGGCCAAGAUCAGAGAGAGCGAGACCAGGAACCAGAAGCUGCAGGAGCAUCUCGGUGAGAUGGAGCUGGAACUGCGGUUGACCCGAGAGGAGGCCCAGCGGCAGGAGCGAAACAUCCAGAACAUCAGUGAUAACGUCAGCUCCAAGGAGGCAGAGGCUGCAGAGCUGAACAGGGUGAUUGAGGAGCAGAAUAAGACGCUGUGUUCUCUCAAAGAGCUCGCCAACCGCAGCCAGCUGCAGCAGCUGCAGGUGUCAGGGGCCGAGUGUAUUCGAGGUCAGGGCGAAGUUCUGGCUCUGCAGGCCUCCCUCUUCCAAGCUCAGCUGGAGCUGCAGGCCGGCCAGCGGGCGCAGCGGCAGGCAGCCAGAACGCGGGAGGACCUGAGCCGGGCCCUGCAGAGGCUGGAGCAAGAUCUGCAGGGGGCGCUGCAGACCAGGAGGGAGACAGAGAGACACAACCAGGAGCUGCAGUCGGCUCUGGGGAAGGCUCGAUCGGCCCUGCAAGAGAGAGGGGAGCAGCUGAGAGAGGACGAGCUAGAGAGGCAGAGGGAGAAGGAGGAGAGGGAGAAGACGAUCAGAGAGCUGAAGACGUCUCUACAGACCAAAGAACGGCUGGUGGAGGACUACUGUGAGCUGCUGGAGGAUCCAAUGGAGAAGAGGGACUCCUUGCUUCAGAAACUCCGCCAGCGGAUCAAGGAGAGAGAUCGAGCUCUGGAGCGAGCGGUGGAUGAAAAGUUCCGCUGCGUGGAGGAGAAAGAGGAGGAGGCUCGUCGGCUUCAGCUGCUGCUCAGGGAGAAGGAGAGAGACCUGGACAGGCAGCGCUGCGUCCUGGCCAACAAUGAGGAGACCAUCACCAGCCUGGAGGUGCUGGUGCGAGGGAAGGCUCUGGAGCUGGAGCAGGUGUCUGACGCCUGGAGGAACGUUCAGCGGCAGCAGCAGGAGAGCGAGGAGCAGCGGAGCCGCAUCCUGAGGGAGAGAGACGCCAUCAUCAGCCAGCUGCAGGCGGCGCUGCACGCUCGCACGCAGGAGGCACAGGAUCUGCGCUGCUCCCUGCUGGGACAGAUCCAGUCCGCUCCCAGCGAUGUUCUGGAGGAGCUGAAGGUCCGCCUCCAGCUCAAAGACCGCCUCUUCCAGGAAGUGCUCGGCGACCGGACCCGUCAGGCCCAGGAGCAUCAGGACCAGGUCCAGGGUCUGCUCACAGCCAUCAGCUCCAGGGACCAGUACAUUCAGGACUCUGCGAGCCGGCUCGGUGAGGUGAUGAGCGAGCAGACGUCGAGGCUCCAGGAGCUCCGCAGACAGCUGAGCUCAGGUUUCGGAUCCAGGCCUGACUCUGAAACCGACUCGGCUGCGGAGCUCCGGGCGGUGCAGGAGGAGCUGCGUCUGGCCCUGAGGAGGGAGAAGGAGAACCGGGAGCUGAGCAGGAGUCAGGCUGCCAGGCUGGACUCCCUCAGCAGGACACUGCAAGUGAAGGAGGAGGUCAUCAGGGACUUUCAGAGGCAGAUGGCGGAUCCUUCAGGCCUCCCACUGGUCGAGCGACUGACCCAGGAGGUUCAGGAGCUGAGGGAGAGCCUGCUCCAGCAGGACGGUGCCCCGGCCAGAGGCCCCGUCCUGGGCCGAGACCGGCCCCACAGCAGGCAGCCCGAGUUUGGAGAACUGAGCUCAGAGGAAGACGACGAGGCCGGCGAUGAUCUGAACAGCGAGUACACGGAGAGCGUUGAUGAGGAGGAGUCCAAACUGGCCGCCAAGGGUUCUGGAGGCCCGGGAAAGGCUCCGUCACAGGACCUGUUCUUAGAAGGCCAGGGGCUGGUGGAGGUCAAACAGCUGGUGGAGCAGAAGAGGGCGGUGGAGAGAGAGUUGGGAGAGCUGAAAGCUCAGCUGGAGAAGGCCGGCUUCUCCUCGCUCUCACAGAUGAGGAAAGCUCUGUUCGGCCUACAAGCAGAGAACGAGGACUUGAAGCGUCAGCUGACCGAGGGGCUGCAGCCGGACGGCGAGCAGAGUGAUGAGCAGAAGGUGUUGGAGGGCGAAGAGGAGGAUGAGGAGGAGGAGCUGGAUGUGACCAUAGAAGGGGUGGAGGAGGAGGAGGAGGAGGAGGAGGAGGGAAGCUUGGCGAUGUGGGAAGCCUGGGAUGGAGAGCUGUCUCCGUCACAGACCAACAUCCAGACCAGUGACGAGCAGAGGAAGAACAGAGCCGCCAGACCUGAGUCACUGCACCUGCUCACCACCUCCUCACAGGCUGACGACCCGGACGGCGAGCUGCCGUCCCGCAGGCAGCCUGCGAGGAGUGAGAGGACAGUCCGUCUGCAGCAGAAGAGCAAAGAGCUGAAGGAGAGGCUGAUGGUGUCCGAGGCCACAGUGCAGGCCCAGGCCGAGCAGCUCAAAGACUACAGGGACCUGCUCACGGAGACGACAGUACAGCAGGACAGUAAGCAGGUCCAGGUGGACCUGCAGGAUCUGGGCUACGAGACCUGCGGCCGCAGCGAGAAUGAGGCCGAGAGGGAGGACACCAGCAGCCCAGAGUUCGACGAUCUGGAGAUGUGCACGUCUCUCGACUGUGGUUCCCAGUGGUGGCCCGCCGGCAGCGGCAGCAGCUCCGCCUUUACUAAAACCGCCACCCAGAGCUCGGGUUAUGGGGACGAGGUGCCGUCUCUCCAGCGUCUCGUCGAGGACCUUCGCUCGCAGCUGUCCCGCUCUCAGGGAGUGAUCCGCGGGCUCCAGAGCCGCCUCCACUCCCUCUCCACCUCCGGCGACUUCGGUCCCUCCACACCUCGCAAGGUCAACUGGUCCUUCCAGGCCUCGUCCUCACAGAGCGGCACAGAGGACGACGAGGGCUGGCAGUCAUCUGAUGGAGGUGCGCUGGCCUCGCCUCGUCACCCUCACCCGGACAAGGGCCUCCAGGAGCUGGUGUCACGUGUGGAUGCGCUGGAGAACCAGCUGAGGAAAGGAGGCAAGAAGUCUGUCGACCAGGACGGGAAGUCUGCCACCUGGCCGGGUAAAUUCGACACUCUGAUCCAGGCUCAGGCCAGGGAGCUGUCCCACCUCCGUCAGCGGCUGAGGGAGGGUCGGGGCGUGUGCCACAUCCUCACCCAGCACCUGGGAGACACCACCAAGGCCUUCGAGGAGCUGCUGAGGGCCAACGACAUCGACUACUACAUGGGCCAGAGCUUCAGGGACCAGCUGGCUCAGAGCAGCGCUCUGGCACAGAGAGUCAGCGCGAAGAUCAGCGGACGAGAUCAUCCUGAAGAUCCAGAUGAGAAGACAGAGCUGCUCGCCAUCCGGCUCAGUAAGGAGCUGCAGCAGAAGGACAAAGUCAUCGAGUCUCUCCGCGCCAAACUAAACCAGCAUCACCAUCACCACCACCGUCAUUCUCAUCGUUCCGACACGCCCUGCAGCAGCCACGCCCUCUCCGACGCCACUGACCAAUCAGAUCGCAUCUCCUAUGUGUCCGACGAGCACGGGUCCACGAACGAGGACCUGGAGCUUUGCUCUGAUGUGGACGCGGCCAGCGAGCUCGGUCAGGAGGAAGCACGGACUUCUACCAGGGUCGGCACAGAUUGCCACUCUCACAGUGGCACCAUGUCACGCCAUCCGUCUGUCCCUCCAUCCGUCACCUCAACCCACAGAACCCAGUCCUGUCCCAGCUGUCCCGGCACGCAGUGCCCCACCUCACCACACAAACCUGCAGACAUGCAGAGUCAGACAGCUCCAGCCUCAGUCUUCACCUCUGCCCCCCUCCACAGUCCCCCCUCCUUCGCCUCCCAAAGUGCAGCCUUGCCCUUUCAUCCCAACCCCGCCGCCCCGCGGACCCGUUACCAAGGCAGCGGGGGGGUGGGUUUCUCCCUGGCUGAGGUGCACCAGGAGCUGCAGAUGUUACAGAGGCAGCUGGGAGACAGUGAGAGGUUUUCCACUCCCCAGUCCAAACCUCUUCAGGGCUUCCCGUUCGCCCACCAGCAGUCGGACUCUUCCGCCUUCCUGCCCCUCUCCUUCCACGGAUACCAGCCCUCUCCUUUCGGCAGUGCCGCUAGCAGCAGCAGUCUGGAUGCCAGCUUAGCAAUGAAGGCCGGGGCCAGCCUGCUGGAGAGCAGUGCAUUGUGGGAUAUGGCCUACGGUACCCGACCGGCGAGGCUCGGCGCUGACCUGUCGUCAGGAUCUUCAGGGUACCAGUCAGGCACCAGCCACACAGGUACAGACCUGAUGAAGGAGCAUCUGAGAGAGGUCAGGAGUCUGAGGCAGAGGCUGGAGGACUCCAUCCAGACCAACGACCGCCUCCGACAGCAGCUGGAGGACAGACUGGCCCGCGCCGCCACUGAGAAAGGCGCUCCAACCAACAUCUACAUCCAGGGUCUGGACUCGGUCGGUCAGCUCUCCAGUGAGAUCAGACUUCUGAAGGAGGAGAACGUCAGUCUGCAAAACCAGCUGAAGCAGGCCGCCAGAGAGGGCAGCGAGGAGGCGGAUCAGCUGAGGGAGGCUGCACUCCUGGAGCGGGCCAGGGUGAAGGAGGCGGAGCUAGAGGCGGAGAGGUGGGCGGGGCAGAGCAGGAAGCUGCAAGCUGAGGCUGAAGCUCACAACCAGGAGAUCACACAACUGAAACAGGACCGACAGAGGAACCAGGAAACCAUCAACAGACUCCAGCACGAGGUGAGCGUCCUCCGGCAGCAGCUCUGCGAGAGCCGCAGCCUUGUCCGCUCUCUUCAGUGUGAGCUGCAGGUGUACCGCAGGGUGGGUGGAGUCACCGGCAACACGCGCUCAGGUCAGGUCGGGGACAGUGUCCAGCCAGGACGCAGCACCGCCGCCUUCGACCCCAGAGAGCUGCACAUUCAGCUGGAGCAGCAGCUGAGCGGACAACCUCGGGCCGGGAGGCAGCGCUUCAACGACAACGUUCCCUCUCCACCUGUGAGAGACACUGGACUCGUCAGUCCUUCCUCUCCUCUACGCUCUGGGCAGAAAUACGCAGAGGAGACUGGAGUUGCUGAUAACGACUCGACCCUGCAGGGCCGAGCUCCGGACGGUCCCUUCGCCGGCCGUCGCGGCCGCCACGCCGCGGGCCACACCGGUGACUUCAAGGCUCUGCAGAAGCACAUCCUGGAGGGCAGUGCUCUGCUCUGCAAGAUGGAGGCAUCCCUCCGUUCCCUGAUUGUCCCAGCCCUGCAGGAGUUCAGCCGUGGUCAGCCUUCAGACUCCGCUUCGGCGAGGAAGCUGCUGUCUGACGCUAAAACCCUGCGACAGAUCCUGGAGGAGGCCGACUCUCUGCUGCGGAUGUUCUGGACGGCAGCUCUGCCAAACUCUGAGGAAAUCGAGCAGGAUCAGUCUCUGAGGGAGGAGGUUGCUUCUCUCCGUCUGAGGCUCUCCGAAAAAGAGUGGGCUCUAAGGGACGCCAUGGAGAGAGUGAGGAGCUCCAACCGCACCAAAGACAGCAUGGAGCACUUUAUAGUCAGCCAACUGUCGAGAACACGGGAUGUGUUGAAGAAAGCCAAGACGAACUUACAGGAGAACGAGCUCAGGAUUUCCUCCCUUCGCCAAGCCUCCUUCUCCAUCCCUCCUCCCUCCCCCUCCCCUGCCUUCACCCCCCCCUCCUCCUCUUCCUCACCCCCCUGGCCUGUUGAAGGUGAAGACGCAGGAGGCUUCUGUGAGCUCGCCUUCGCUCCUGGUUGGAGUAUCAUGACGCCCCAGACUUCCUCCUCCUCCUCCGCUGUCCUGAGACCAGCCGCCCACCAGCGCCCCCUGCAGGCAGCCUUCCUCUAGUGCGCCAGCCCAGAGUUCCUCAUCAUCCUCGUCUCCCGUUCCGACAGAAAAUGCUGGAAAUUCUGGCCUCUCUAAUUGGCCGGGGAAACGCUUCAGUUGCGUGACGUAUAGCUGCGUGUUGAUGAAUGUUUGUGUCGGUAGAUUUCUGCUGCUUGAUGGUUUAUGAAUGUGACUGGUUGUAACUGUUUAAUUACUGGUGGAAUGUGCGUAGGGGGUGUGAGAGCUUUUGUUGAGGUCGUCAACUGAAGUGUUUUUCCUCAUUUAUAUGAGGCCAGUCUGACUUCAGCCGAGGUUGACUUCUGAUUUUACCUUUUUACAACUUUCACACACUAAAAAAAGAAAGGUCUACAAAUAUGAAGACCAGAUUUAAGACAGUGUUUGGGCUCUCAGGUUUGUUAAGCCUGGCCAUAACGUUUUUUGAUGUAGACCUGGUCUUAGGUGGUCUAUGCAGUAAAAUAUUUUUCAGAAACGGGUUUAACACAGUCUGUGGGCUUUGUUUAUAUAGGAUAUCUAGUCCUUAUUUAACUGACAUUUUAAAAACAACAUAAAAAGAGAAAGUCUCUUGCAAAACCAACGGCUGCCAAUCAGAAUCCAACUUCAGCAGGGAUUCAAGAAACAAAAAUCCACUUGACGCCAGCAGGAAAAAGGCGGCUUUGAAAAAGCCAAAACCAAACUGCAAAGUGCUUCCUCUCAGCUUCUGUCGAAGCUUGUAUUUGUAGUUAGCGUGUAGAAUAGUUGCAUGUGGUGUGAGCAGCUUGUGGAAACAAAGCCAUACUCUCUGACGGUACAGUAGAUACGUUCUUGUUUUGUCCUGAUUGUAAUAAUAAUAAUGUCAUAAAAAUGGCCAACUACUGAUAGAGGGGAAAACGGCAUAGAAAUACCAGUAGACAGUUCAAAUAGCUGCUAGACGAUGUUCUCUUGCAUUUACUGUCAAGUAAAAAACCGUAUUACGAUUUCUUUCUCACUGUCCUCAAGCUCCAGUGUAUUACUGUAAAAUAUGGAGUCAGUUCUCUGAACAAAAAAAAAAGUAUAUAUAUAU